AUGGCGGGGUCAGCACAGAAUACUUAUUCGAGAUCUCCAAUACCUUCCACUACCUCUUACGACUCUUCUUCAGUCUCGUCCGCAGCAUCACCACGAACUUCGGGGCCCUACGACGGAGGCCUCAUGGGAGCCUCCCCACGACCUAUGAGUGGGCAGAAUCCACAGCAGCAUAUGAACUUGCCAUCAGGAGCAUCGAUGGGCCAUAGUUCGUAUCAAAAUCCAUAUCACUCAGCGACAACUUCUCCAGGACCUCCAGGACUGGAUUCCAUGGCUUCCACCGGAUCGUCAAGUGGCACUCCGGGCGCUUCGGGCGGACAGAUGUCCGCUGCGAAUAUGCAGGCGAAGAGAGCCUAUCGUCAGAGGAGAAAAGAUCCAAGCUGUGACGCAUGCAGGGAACGAAAAGUCAAAUGCGAUGCAACAGAGACUACCAGCUGUUCGGAAUGCUCAAGUCGGAAUGUGAAAUGCCAGUUCACAAAAGAGACAAAUCGACGCAUGUCAUCUAUCAAGCAAGUGCAGGACUUGGAGAAGCAGAUUGCACAAGUCAAACGGGAAAACACGCAUUUGCGGUCAAUGUUGAAUGUGAGAGAGGGCCAAAUGGAUAUCGACAAUGACGCUCCUCAACAACUGUCGCUCCAAUUGCCAGAAAUUGGGUCGAAUCCGAAGCGAAAAGGGCGACCACCACCCCCUCAGGAUCUGUCGCGGGUGCGUUCAAACAUCCGAAACUUUGGCCGGGGUAUAUUCAAGCCACCUGCACCUUACCGUCAAUUAGGGUCACAGGCACACUUCAAUCCUCCUCGUCCGGAUCUACCACCUAAGGCGAUAUGCGAUCACUUGCUUGGUUCUUACUAUGCGGCAGUACAUAUGCUGAUUCCGAUCUUGCAUUGGCCCACAUUCGAGCAGGAAUACGAGGCUGUCUACAAAGCCGGCAGUUUGCAUGGCGUACCACCAGUCUGGAGCUCCCUUUUCUUCUCAGUCCUGGCCGUUGGCGUACUAUUCAGCUCGGAUGUGAGCAUUCAUCGGCCUCACAAAGGAAAAGAGUAUAUUGAAAUAUCUCGAAUGUUGAUAGAUACCUGGAAUGACGAAUAUGUGAUCGACCACGCAAGAUCCGCUAUUCUGGUGAGCAUAUUUCUGACCGAAAUAAACCUGAAAUCUGCGGCAUGGACUUGGUUAGCAGCCGCGGUUCGAAUUUCUCAGGAUAUCGGACUACACAACGAGACGGGACCGUGGCCAAUGAUUGAGGGCGAGAUGCGACGACGAGUAUGGUGGGGGAUCUACGUUUGGGACAGGCACAUGUCACUGGAGCUUGGAAGACCCCUCCUGAUUGAAGAUGCGGAUUGCGAUGUCAGUCUGCCAGCCGCAAUUGACGAUCAUUAUAUUCACGACGCGGGCAUGAUGGUACCUAAUGGUGUAUCUCCGCUGACGAAUUUCAUUUUACCGAUCAUUCAUGUUGUCCGUGCCGUUUCGCAGCUCAUCAAAACGCUUAAAUCGCCCAUCAUUUCUCCUUCGACUUUGGCGACUUUCGAUACCCAUUUCAGCGCUUGCAUGGCGUCAUUUCCUCCUGCUUGUCAAAUAAGUGCGCAAGAACCUCUGGAUCCGCGGAUGUUAGCUCCUGUCUGCCAUCUCAUGAACGCACGCGUAAUACUUCAUCGCCACAAUUUAACCACCUCUUGCCCUUCGGAAAUACGAGCCAACGCUAUUGAGCAAUGCAUACGCGCAGCGCUCGACUCUACGAAUCUACUCGGCCGAGCAAUGGCUUCCUCAACGUCGUCGAAUCCAUCAAUACCGCCAUUCGGACCUACCGCAAACGCUAUGACUUGUACUCACAUUUGGCGCUGCACCUUGUUUCUACUAUACGGAGGUCACUUCGACGCAGCACUCACUUGUAUCAGAGCUUCAUCCAGCAUCGGCACGUUAAGGGAUGUCAAUGUUGCGUGUGGGCGUAACCUGGCAUUCUUCAUUGGUGUGCUCAUCGAAAAACGCCGUGGUGGAUGUCUGAUUGGGAGCCCAGGGUACCGGGCAGAGCGCGAAAUGGACGAAGAACUCAUGGCCUAUGUGUCGGGCGACUUGCAAGCAGGAACAGAGAACAGCUGGGUCUGGGCUGGUAGCGAGACGGGCAUGAACAUUGCGGGAAGUGCAGUGGGAGGAAAAGUUGGCAUCAGUCCUACACUCCUCGGUGGUCCUGAGGGUACGACAGUUUUGACGGACGUGGAAGCGAGAGAUUGGGGGGGAUGGGAAAGGGUGGAAUAUCUCGUCGGAGUGCUGGCCAGAGAACAAGGUGGAUAUGCACAACCUGUCUACCAACAGUCUUCGUCUGGGAGUCGUGGUGGUGGGGCGGGAGCUGGCCAGGGAAGCCAGGAGAGAAGCAGGGGUAAUGAACGCAUGGCCAUCACGAAUAUUAUUUGA